AUGAACCUUGUGGAGAAAUUGUUUUCCAAGUACGUCAUGCACGAUUCACGAGUGAAUAUCUCCGAGUGCUCUAGUUACGUCUACCUAGGUCAGGAAAUUAGCAUGAUGAACGACUUUGCUCUUCAGUUGAGCAGAAGUAAUCAAGCGGCUUGGGAAGCUUUUAAGAGCAUCGACCAUGUGCUUGGCUACGGUCCAUUUGGAGGCUAUGGAGGCUAUGGAGGCUAUGGAGGCUAUGGAGGCUAUGGAGGCCCUCCAGGCUACGGCGGAUUUCCACCCUAUGGAAGGUAUUUCUUUGGCGGUGGAGGAUUUUCGCCCUUUGGCGGUGGAGGAUUUCCGCCCUAUGGCGGAUUUCUACCUUAUGGCGGAUCACCCUACGGGGGCUUCGGAUUCGGUGGCUUCGGCAGAUUUGGCGGCCCUGGCUCGCUCGACGGUGCUCUUAGAGGGGCCGCGUAUGGAGCCCUGCAAGCCAUUAGCGGCGGGUAA